AUGAGUUUGGCUGCUUCUGUAUUUAAUCAGUGUUUGGACAGAGGCGCCAAAGGCCAAAUACCCACUUUCAGCAAUUUUGUUUCAACUGUUAGCCAGAAGAAAGAAGCUGAAAAUAGAAGUUCACCUACACAUCUUGUUUUCCCUAACAUCAAGAAUGUCAGAGACCUUCCACCAAUUUGCCUUGAUGUUAGACAAAAGCAGCGAAUCUCUAUUGAUGUAUUAUCAUCUGAAAUGAAGGCCCCAGUCCUUCCAGAACCACUCCUUCCUAUCCAGCCCAAAACUAUGAAAGACUUUCAGGAAGAUGUAGAAAAAGUUAAGACAUCAGGGGAUUGGAAAACAGUACAUGAUUUUUAUCUUACAACAUUUGAUUCUUUCCCAGAAUUAAAUACUGCAUUUAAGAAAGAUGCCACGGCUUUAUUUAAUACAAUUGAAGACUCUGGGAUUAAUGCUAAAUUUGUGAAUGCUGUGUAUGAUGCCUUACUUAGUACUCCUCAAGACAUUCAGAAGACAGUAUUGAAGGGAAUCAUUAACAGUCUGUUACGAGAGUGGAAAGGCCCACGAAGUAAAGAUGAUCUUAGAGCUUAUUUUAUACUUUUACAGAAUCCUCAAUUUAAUAACACAUCUACGUAUGUCAUCUAUGCUCACUUGCUACGACAAAUAGCUGCCUUAGUGGAAGCUGACCAUCAUUUUCUAGUUCACUGGUUUAAAAAAUUAUCCCAGAAGAGGUUCAAACAGUUGGUAGAGAGAUUGCUGCAAUUUAUUUCCUUACGCCUGUUUCCUGCAAAGCCUGAAGAAUUUCCCCCUAUAACAAAGUGUUCCUGGUGGAUUCCAUCAGCAUCUAAAGUGUUGGCUUUACUUAAUACUGCAAACAAUUUGGUUCAUCCUCCUCUUAUUCCUUAUACUGAUUUCUAUAAUUCUACACUGGAUCAUAUUGAUCUCAUGGAAGAAUAUCAUACAUGGCAGAGCUUUGGAAACUCUCACAGGUUUUCCUUCUGUCAGUACCCGUUCGUUAUUUCUAUAGCUGCCAAAAAAAUCAUUAUUCAGAGAGACUCAGAGCAACAGAUGAUAAGCAUCGCAAGGCAAAGUCUGGUGGAUAAAGUAUCUCGAAGACAGAGACCUGAUAUGAAUAUGUUAUUUCUAAAUAUGAAAGUAAGGCGGACACAUCUGGUUAGCGAUUCACUCGAUGAGUUAACCCGGAAAAGAGCAGACCUGAAAAAGAAGUUAAAAGUUACAUUUGUAGGAGAAGCUGGUUUGGAUAUGGGUGGCUUAACUAAAGAAUGGUUCCUUCUUCUAAAUCGCCAAAUUUUUCAUCCCGAUUAUGCUCUUUUAACACUUAUGGGACUAGCAGUUUAUAACAGCAUUACCUUGGAUAUUCGUUUCCCUCCCUGCUGUUACAAGAAAUUAUUGAGCCCUCCCAUCGUUCCUGAAGACCAAAAUACACCAGUAGGCAUCUGCAGUGUUACCAUUGAUGACUUAUGUCAAAUUAUGCCUCUGCUUCGUCCAGAAGAAGUUGAAAUUCUUGUCUGUGGAAGUCCUGAACUGGAUAUGCAUGCUUUGCAGAGAAGUACUCAAUAUGAUGGCUAUGCAAAAACAGAUGUAACUAUAAGAUACUUUUGGGAUGUUGUACUUGGAUUCCCUCUUGAUCUUCAAAAAAAGUUGCUUCAUUUUACUACUGGAAGUGACAGAGUACCUGUAGGAGGGAUGGCUGAUUUGAACUUCAAAAUUUCAAAGAAUGAAACCUCUACUAACUGGCUACCUGUGGCUCACACCUGCUUCAAUCAACUCUGCCUUCCCCCCUACAAGAGCAAAAAGGACCUGAAACAGAAAUUGAUCAUUGGAAUUUCAAAUUCAGAAGGUUUUGGACUUGAGUAACCUAGCAGACUUGAAAUAUAAAUUUUAUAUGUAGCAUUCACUUCCCUCUUAUUGUGCCUUUAACCUUUUUGUGUUUCUGUCUCAAGAUACUUUCACAAAGUUCACCAACUUUAAAAUACUGAAGCUUUUUUAAAUCAAGUAUGAAAUAUGCUUAGUGAAGGCAUGAUUUUCUAAAAACAGAAAUUUCUUUUGUGAAAGAAAGACCACAUGGCAAAGGCAGGUGUGGGUCCAGUUGCUCUUUUCUAUAGCACUUUAUCAUUUUCCAUAAGUAGUUUGUCACAGGUGUUCCACUGGGAAAGCAAGGUACAGUAAGGAAUGCAUUUAUGACAAAGUUAAGCCCAGUGGCAGAUUGUGUGCUGCUAGCACACCGUAGCAAAGUAAGCAGCUACAUUAUCUUUAACAUAAGGCAUGUAGCCAUAUUUUCAUAUUGAGGUAAACAACAGUAUAAGUGCACAUGCAGUUUACAGGGUCUUUUGAUAUACUGGUUUGGGGUCCUAUACGAUUCUUUUCAACUGUUGCUGAAAAGCAUGUAAAUAACUACAUAAUAGCCUAAGAAAAAUGGAAUUUUGAUAGUGACAUUUAUUGCUAAAGAUUUAUUUUUACAAAGUAAAUUCAGGGUUUUAGAUGUGUACACAGCUUUUACAAAUCAAUAAAAAGAUGAUUGUAUAAGAGUAUUUUCAGACUAAUUGGAUUUAAGGUUAUAUUCUUUUAAGUAUUGUUAGUCUGCAUGCACAUUGGCAGCAAACCAGUUACCUGAGUACUCUGUAAUAUUUGUAUAAUGAUCAUUUCUUCUUAAAGAUCAAGAUAUUAGAAAAAAUCAGAUCUGAAUAAUCACUGAUGAACUAAGUCAGAAGCACAAAAGAACUGCUUUUAUAUAUACUUUGAUUGGUGUACAAGACAUAAUUAUUUAAUUCUGAUCACCAGUUGUACUGAAACACUAAUUUUUGGAAAAAGUAGGAUAAGUAUUUGACAAAAGUGGAUACAAUAAUAACAUUUAUGUCAAAAUGAUAUAGCUUGCUAUAAUGAAAAGCUCAACAUUUUGGCUAAAAUGUUUGUUGCUCACUGGAUUCUGAAUAUAGUAAAUUCAAACAUACCCUUGUUUCUCAUUUCCCAUAAAAUAGCAUGUAAAAAACACUGCCCUUUAAGUCACAGUAAUUUUUUUUAUUUAUAGCGAAUGAAGCAGUUUUAUUAGCAUGUUACAAACAUUUUUGGAUUGAAUUCUCUUAUUCUUGGAGAGUUUUUCUUCAGAAUACUCUGAAGUUGUAUUUGCAAUAAUAAUGAAACCAGCAUUUAGUACCAGCAUAUGAUUCAUUUGCAAAUAAUACUUCCAAAAUCUUUUCUGAGUUAGGCCAUUUCCUUGCUAUUAUGCUUCCUGCACCCAACCAGCAGAAUUCUUCAAGGGUGGAGGAACUAACCAGCUUGUUUUCCUACAGUUCUGAAGCCAACUCCUUAAUCUUUGAGGGAAAGGAGUUCAGUUGAAUUACCAUUACCGCUGAGAUUGAAGUGACUCUGCUUCUCCACUCGGUAUGCUAUACAGGGUAUUUCUUCUUCAAAUUCUUGGCAAGCCUAUGAGAGUUAAAGGCAUAUUGGUUUGGUAUGGUUUUAUUGUUUUUAACCCAUAUGCAAAUAAAACUGCUUCUCUCUUACACUGCUUGAACUAGAAUGUAAGAUGUUUAAUGUAGGUUACUACUAAUAAGCACAAAAGAAUCAUGUAUAAGAAACCAGAUUUUCAAGUGUUUUAAGUAAAUGUAAAAGUUUUUAUUUGAUAGAGAUGACUCAUGGAAAAUAGUGUUGGCUUGGUCUGCAUGUUUAAUGAUGUGCUUGUAUAUGAUAGCUAUGUCACUUUUAAGUAAGAUGUUCACAAGCAAGCCAGAUGUUAAGUGACAACGUCCAUAAAUAACUGGAGGAUUAUUGUUAUCUGUUGUUAAGUUGAAAUUUAUAAAUCACUAAAUUGCACAUAACCUUUAUUUAUUUAUGCUGUUUUCGGUUUACAGUGUAAUAAUACCUCAUUUAAAAUUAAAAACCACUACUGUUACAUUUUGUUAAUUUAAACAGCUAGAAAAUUCAUGUAGUUACUUUUUUAUAUGCAAUCUGUUAAUGAAUUCUUGAUUUUUGUAUCCACCACAGUAAAUUAAA